AUGCGUUCGACGUCCAUUUUCCUUGCUUUCGCUGCCUUUACCGGCAUGGCUGCUUCCAAGCGCGGCUGUAAGCAUGAUGAAACCAACCCUGGCUGGGGCUGGUACUGGGUCGUUGUGGGCGACAGUCUCAACGCGAUCGCCGCCGACUUUAACACCACAGCCGUCGAGCUUGCCAAGACAAAUAAUAUUACGAACCCCGACUUUCUACCAGCCUGGGUGACCAUCGUGGUUCCCUGCGAGUCUUGA